AUGGUUACUACAAGAGCAAGUUCUCGAGGCGAGAGUGUUGGCACUGAAAGUUUUACUACAAUCGAUAUACCUCCUACACCAACUACACGAAAACGAACGAUGAAGAACACAGACUCGAACCCCUCAUUUUCAAAUGGAUCGUCCAAGAAACACGCUGCCCAUACGUGGCAUCAUACAGCCUCAUCGACAACAAUUCUCUGGCUCGCUGUAUCAUUGCCCCUCGUCAUAUGGGACAUAGGCUAUGUCUUUGGCAGACCUCACACCAUGCCUGAGGGUUUCCUCCACUGGCCAUUAUACGUCCCGUAUGCGCUGUACGGCGAGGUCGAUCACGUUUACGGAUGGAAGGCGUUCAAUGCCAAGAACGGCUUCACGGCUGCCCAGACGGCGUUGAAUGUUGUUGAGACGGUCAUGUACUUGGUAUAUUUGUACAUGCUGUGGACGCGCGCGGACAAGACACUUGAUGGGGCGAAAAGGACUUUGAGUGGGCGUGAUGGCGCGUUUGCUGUUGUUAUUGGCUUUAGUGCUGCUGUUAUGACGCUGAGCAAGACGAUCCUAUACUGGGCCAAUGAGUAUUAUAGUGACUUUGACAAUAUUGCUCACAACACACCGAUGGACCUACUCACUCUUUGGAUAGUUCCCAAUGGUGCCUGGAUUGUCCUUCCGACCUACAUGAUCUCCAAGUUUGGGGGAGAUAUUCUCGAUGGCUUGACACUUGCUUCAAGUCAAUCGUCAAAGACCGAAUAG